UAGAAUAACAAUUUUUUUCGUUGCCAAUAUAUACUAUGUGUUUUCACUGAAUAAGAACAAAAUUUUUAAAAAUUGUCUUAGAAUGGAUUUCAAUACCGAUUGGGCAUUUAGAAAACAUAGAAUGCAUUACGAGACCGCAUACCAUUGGCACGUAAGGCACAUUUUUAUGAACAAAUGGAAGAGGUAUUACCCUGAAAGAAAGUUGGUGUACUUAUCUUGGGUGUUGGCGAACAUCAAGUUUAGAGGAUGUAGAUAUCCAAAGGAAAUAAUGCAAGAAAUAAUAUUACUUACUAAAGAUGAUCCGACCAUGGCAAUACAAUUCUCAAGAGAUGCGAAACAAUUCAGCAACCAAUCACCAGUCGAAUGUAAGGAGUCACUACCUUUGGACAGCAAUUAUGGAAUCCGCAAAGAGUUCCCAUUGCCAUCCAGCAAUUGUGGAAAUCUUGAAAGAAAUAAAAAUAUCUUGGCAAGCCAGGUAUCCAAUAGGAAUAUCAUAACAAUGAUGAACUAUAGCCAACAACAGAAAAAGAUAUUAUAUCAUAAUAAACGUCGUCGUCGAGAGGAAGUUUUGUUGCGGCUACUACAGGCCAGUAGUGGUGCAGCUCGGCAUGUAUACCAAACGCCACUGAAUAGAAGUAGAACCGAAGAAUCAAGAAUAUUUGGUGUUAAUAAACAAGAGAUCUAUGAUGAGUCAAAGACCAUGUCUAAAAAUGUAAUGGCUAUUGUAGCUGAAAACUACCCUGCGCAUCAUUUGGGAGAGGAAGAUUAUGCUCUCAUCCAGGAAGUGAUAUGGAAGAAGUUAGAGUUAAAUUGUGAUCCUCUCCCAAAGUUCAAUAUGAUGAGAAUAGUGUCAGGAGCCAUUCAUGUUAACUGUGACGGAAAAGCAUCAGCAGACUGGCUAUAUAUCCUUAAUGGGAGUAUUAUUAAUGGUAUCAAGUUAAAUGUGCUGAAUAUUAAGGAUCUUCCAAGGCCCAUUAAAAUGGCUUGGAAAUCCCGAAAUAUUGGCUGUCUAAAACCCGAGAGAGUGCUAACAAUGCUUCAGCGCUUCCAUCCAGACUUAGUAACCGCCUCUUGGGAUAUAGUGGCGACACAGGUUGACAGUUAUUCAGUUAGACGCGUUGUCUUCGUUGACUGGAUGUCUGCCCAAUACAUAAAGAAGAAAGGAUUCAAAUUAUACACAGGAGUAGACCUUAGUAUUUUCAAAGUUCUUGAUUACCCUGAAAAUAUAUUAGGCAAGUUUGAAACCCCAGACUGUGAAAUUACAAAAGAGAUCUGGCCAACAAGAGGGGUGGAAAGGGAACACGAAAUGAAAACUGUUUUUACUCCAAAAUCCUCAACUGCUACUUACUGAGCAGUGUAGAAUUCGGAAGAUGCACCUAACGUCAGUACUUGGAGACGCCCUUCAGAAAAAAAGUUCUGGUGUAGCGGAUAGCAGAACUUUACUUUACUACGAAAUAAAGAGUCGUGGUUCCUGGACAUGGUUAGUGGCGCUGUUCAUAGUAAAAAGCGCGCGUUCAGGAAACCAAUGAAGUAUAAAUGGAUGAAAAUUAAACUAGGUCAGUUAGCUUAUUGUGGCCAAUUCUCCUGAUCACCACAGCGCUCUCCAACGUGAACUUCCAAAUAGAGAGAAAGUUCCUAUUACUUGGAGCAGAUCAGGCUCUCUUUUCUCUUAGACGUU